AUGUCCAUCGGCUUGCUCGUCAUCGCGGGCAUCCCCACAACCAUCGGGGUCUGCGAAGCGCUGAGCGCCCAGAAGAAGGCGGAUGCCGCAGCCAAAGAGAAGGCCAAAUUCCAUCUUACGGCGACCGUUUCGCUCGAUGGAAACGAACCAGUUGAAUGCUGGUGCAUCCUGAAAGACGGAAAGCUCUGGAUCGAUGACCCGGCCUUCCCAAUGCCGGGGCACAAGUUCACGGGGUACUACUUCACGUACCCGUCCGAGGCGAAACACCUGGGCCUGGUCAGCACCAUCGCCGACGACCCGCCCAUGCUCAACUGGAUCUUCGUGAACAAAGACAGCGGCUUGCUGCGCCACGGCGGUCGGCAGGAGACGCUGGGCGGCCACACCAUUGGGCCGUGGCACUGGACCGAUGACGAGAAGUGGCUGACCCUUGAGGGCGACGCGUCUCGGUUCGUGGCCGCGCAGCUCGAAAACAAGAAAUGGGCCAUCGCGUGGGAUCGGGAUGGGCGUUUCAGCAGAUGUGGGGAGCGCUCAGGAGAUGGGAUGGAAACGGAGGUGGAAACGGAGAGCCAAGGCGCCCCCCCUGGCCGGCCCCGAAAGUGGGUGCCCGUCAUGCUUCAGCGAAAGAUGCAGCUGGGGAUGGAGAGUCGAUACGUCAAAGGAUCGAAUGGAUAA